AUGGCAUCCCAAUCUAUUCAGUCAUUGGAGCUGAAAGAGCAAGAUGCCUCUGUUCGAGAAUACAUCGGGAAAACGUUGGUAACUCUAGUCCACGGGUUGGCACUGCCUCCACCAGAGGCACAUCUCUCGCUUAGUGUCAAGCGCCGAGCCAACUCAACAUCUUGCAUCAUCAACCCAAUCACUGGGGCUUUAGAGGCAAGUCCAAGAGUUGAGACUACCCGGACAUAUUCUUGGCCUGCAAAGACGGCAUACGAGGAAUGGAAGUUUAGUAUGACUUGCACCGACACUGCCUUGCUCUAUUCACUGACGUGCCUGUAUAGCGGUCAUUCUUCGAAUUCUGGCUAUCUUGGACCAGGCCAUUCGGACGGGACAGCUCAUCUCCAAAAGGUAAACAGGGAUAUAUACUAUAUCGACCCCGAGUUCUUCCGUGCUCAAUAUGUCGUCGACGGCGUUAUUGAUGAUCUGGCAUACACCAUAGGGGUGGAUAGAGAGGCUCUGAGCGUGGUCUGUAUCUUGAAGACCCGGACACCACAAGACCAGACUGCUCACAUCCAUACUAUUAACCAGGAAGCAGCAGGUAAAGGCCUGGUUGCAGGAAAUUUUCGCUUGAUUCGUGCAUCGCGGGUCGUGGUCGUUGCUCAGUCUGCCACAGAGGACACUUUGAUCCCUCGCAUAGAGAAUGCGGACGAGAUCGAGAUUUCACGAGUUCGAUGGGUACUGGUGAUUGAAAAGGAGGCGGUCUUUCACCGGCUUGCGCGUACCGCAUACCAUACCCGAGCGACAGCGGGAGAAGGACUGCUCGUCACAGGGAAAGGCUAUCCAGACCUUUCCACCCGAUUGUUCUUGCGCAAAUUAUUCGAUCUGGCAUCAAAUCGAAUUGUACCACUCCGCUUCUAUGCCCUUACAGAUGGUGACCCACACGGGAUAGCCAUCACGUCAACCUACAAGUAUGGCUCGGCGGCACACUCGCACGAGAAUGCGCGACUCAGCAUCCCUCGACUCCAAUGGCUCGGCCUCCGUGUUUCAGACAUAAUCACCGUCCCGGAAGUACUGGGCGACAAGGCUCUUCUCUCGUUGACCGGGCGAGAUCGAAAGAAGAUCAUCUCCAUGCUACAUAACAGCCCUGUGUGGGCAAGCGAUGGACCAGAACUCCAGUGGAGAGUGGAAUUGCAGCGCAUGCUAUUCCUAAACGCCAAGGCAGAGAUUGAGAUUCUGUAUGAGUGUAGCGGUGGUCUGGAGGGAUGGAUUGAACGUCGCAUGUUCCGGCAGGAGUGA